AUGUCCAAAGCUCCAACCACAUUUGGAUUUCCAUACGAUGCUUAUCCCAUCCAAAAUGACUUUAUGGGAAUGCUAUAUGAUGUGUUGACUGAAAAUAAGAUUGGUAUAUUCGAAAGUCCUACAGGCACCGGAAAAUCACUUAGUUUAAUUUGUGGAUCAUUAAAGUGGUUGAAUGACAAUGAUGAAUCUACAACCAAUGCAAAAAAUCAAGAUUCUUCUGACUCAUUUCAAGCAGAUGAGCCAGAUUGGGUCAGGGCAUAUCAAGGGAAUCAGGUUGAGAAUAAGCGAGAUGUGUUAAAACAAGAGCGUAAACUUGCAAUUAAAAAACGAAUUGACUUGGUAAAAAGUCAUGAAAAGAAUCGUUCAAUUCUGGAACUGUCAGGAAAGGAAGACAGAUCUAGAUGGAAAAGAACGAAAAAGGAUACAACUUCUACAUCAGAUGAUAUUAAAGAAAAAUAUGAUGAAUUUUUACUGGAAGAAUAUAUGAGUGACGAUGAAGAGGGAGGAAGAGCAUCAACAUUAUCGUAUACGACUGUUGGACCUAAUAGUAGUUUCUCCAAAGAAGUACAAGACCUUUUGUCAAAAUUUGAAACAAAUAAAAAAUCCAUAGGGUAUUCUGAUGAUGAUAGCGAUGAUGCCUUGGAAGAAGACGACUUUGAUGAAGUCAAGAUCUACUAUACCUCAAGAACACACUCCCAACUAUCGCAGUUUGUUCAUGAAGUCAACAAGACUCCAUAUGCCGAAAACAUUUGGGCUGUUCCAUUGGGUUCAAGAAAGAAUCUUUGUAUCAACAAAAACAUCAAUAAACUUGGCAAUGUUAAUCGUAUGAACGAAGCUUGCUUAGAUCUUCAAAAGAAAAAAACAGAGAAAGAUCGGUGUCCACACCUACCCUCACUGCAAGAAAAGGGGAAAUGGCGAGACUUUAGAGACUAUGCACUUGCUAAAGUAAGAGACAUAGAAGACAUUGUCAAAGUUGGCGAGUCUCUAUCUACUUGCCCAUACUAUGGAUCAAGACAAACUGCAAGACCAGCAAGGCUUGUUAUAUUACCUUAUCAACACUUGCUUAAUGCACACACACGAGAAUCACUCGGAAUAUCCCUUAAAGGGAAUAUUGUGAUUGUUGAUGAAGCCCACAAUCUGAUGGAAACCAUCAAUUCAAUUCAUACUGUCGCAUUGACGCUUCGUCAGAGCCAACUAGCACUUAAGCAGCUUGCAAUGUACAUCCAGCGCUACAAAACACGUCUAUCGGGAAAAAAUGUUUCUUACAUCAGGCAAAUCAUACAAAUUAUCAAAGCAUUCAUCGGGAUCCUUACUCCUCCAGAGAGUGAAAAGAAGGACCUUAUCAUUGGAGUAAACGAAUUUCUUCACUUGCUCGGUAUCGACCAUUUCAAUAUGUUCAAGCUUGAGAGAUAUUUAAAAGAGAGCAAUCUUGCACGAAAACUUCUCGGAUUUAUUGAAAAGGCACAACAAGAUCAAGAUAGCGAAAACCAGCUUCUGGGACUCAAGAAUCCACAAGUCAAAAAGUCCGCAAAUGCACCAUCAUCACCAUCACAAUCACCUUUAGCCUUACCUACAUUAACACAGAUCCAGUCUUUCAUUAUGACGCUUACAAACCCUGAUAAAGACGGCCGAGUCUUUAUAAGUUACAAGGGAACAGACACAUUAGAACCACAGCUGAAAUAUAUGCUACUCAAUCCUGCAGAAGCAUUUCGUCCAAUUGUGGAAGAAUGCAAAAGUGUGAUUCUCGCUGGUGGAACUAUGGAACCGGUAUCUGACUUUAUUAAACACCUUUUUCCAUAUGUCCCGGAUUCUCGAAUAACCAACUUUUCGUGUGGUCACAUCAUACCUCAAAAAAAUCUAUUGACCAUGUGUAUUGACGAGGGACCAACGCGAAAACCAUUUUUGUUCAAUUAUGAGAACCGCCAAGAUACUUCCUUGAUUGAUGAGGUUGGAAAGACCAUAGUGAAUUUGUGCAAUGUGAUUCCAGAUGGGGUUGUGUGUUUUUUUGCUAGCUUCACAUAUCUUGAGGAAGUUUACUCUAGAUGGAAUGGUGCUGAAAGUGGAAACAUUUUGGAAAGGCUUGCUAAGAAGAAAAAGAUAUUCAAAGAGCCUAGAGAUAGUGGAAUGGUAGAAUCAACUUUGAGAGAUUAUUCGCUGCAUAUUGACUCAACUAAAAAAGAAGCUUCAAAUACUGGAGCUAUACUACUAUGUGUUGUCAACGGGAAAAUGUCAGAAGGAAUAAACUUCUCGGAUAGGCUUGGGAGAGGUGUGAUAAUGAUUGGACUUCCCUUUCCCAACAGAGGGUCGGUAGAACUUAAUGAAAAGAUCAAGUAUAUAAACGAACAUGGGGAUGACCCAUCUGGAACAGCUGCCGGAAGAGAAUACUAUGAAAAUCUGUGUAUGCGAGGUGUUAAUCAGUCUAUUGGCCGUGCUAUUAGGCACAGGGGUGACUUUGCAACCAUUGUUCUGUUAGACAAACGUUAUUCGACGGCUCGAAUCCAGAAAAAGCUUCCUUCAUGGAUCGGAACUGACAUUGUGCACUGUGAUCGAUUCGUUAAGUCAAUUAGUAAAUCUGCUGGUUUUUUUAGGCAGCAUAAAGAAACAUAAUUAUAUUUGACCCACAACAAAAAUCCAUAUGGUGUUUGUCUAUAAUAAAAAGUACACUCUUAGUGGUCUAUUGUAAAGUAUAUCU